AUGACGAGCGCUUCUGAGCUAUUUCACAGCCGGCGGUCACGUUUCGGCAGGAAUUCGAUUCCAGUGGACAUUGGGCCGGGAUAUGAGUCUUAUUCCCAUCUUGAUCGGAGCAAUCGCCAGCAUCGGCAUUCAGACCACCACCACCACCAUAAUAAUAAUAAUAAUUCUGGUACUAGAAAUAGUAUUCGCCGUGACAGGCUCGAGCUAGAGGGGUGCAAUCCGCUGCGCCGCCAUCUGCAUCAGUCUAGGCACCAUCCACUUCGUCGCUCCUCCUAUCCACCUCAAGAACUUGAUUCUAGCCAGUUUGAUCAAGGUAGCCACCAAUUUGCUCCGGGAAAUGUCAAUAUAUCAGGAAAUGGGAGCACCAUACAAGAUAGGCUGACGUUCAGUGGAAAUGGCAGGCUACCCGGAGCUGUCUUACUUGCAAGAGAAAGGCUUCUACAAAGAUUGAGAGGGGUCACUUUGUCUGGAAACAGGAGCAACAGGAGUUCACCUGAUGUCCCUAUUGGUGAUGACUUUAGGCUUGUUGAUGCUGGAGAUUGGGAAACAGAAAUUUCCAUAGACUGGCUUGCUUCAAUUUCCCCUGUAACCGAUUCCACAAGGCAACAAGCAUGCCAGAGGCCUCCCGGGCUCACUGAAGAAGCACUGGACUGUUUGUGUGUGGAGAUAUUCAGUGUCCCAGACGAAGGUGAUGAGCCGGUAAUGUCAAGGUCAUCAAUGGAGUGUAGCAUAUGCCUUGAAAGCUUCUGUGAGGGAGACGAGCUUAUAUGUCUACCCUGUGGGCAUAGGUUUCAUCUUUGCUGUUUGGAUCCAUGGGUUCGCACUUGUGGAGACUGUCCCUAUUGCCGUAGAGGUAUAGUUGUAACUACAGACGGAGUUAAAGAAAGACUAUAA